GUAUAGUCUGGUAAUGUCAAUCAGGCAUUCACUGAAAUAAAACGCAGAGAAAGUGACGCUUUAUGCCUACCUCUCACAAUGUGGUGUCAAGAGCAGAAGCAUGUUAACACAUCUUAGACUUUAUGUGAUAGGCGGGAUCUUUGGAUAAACGAUACAACAUGGAGUGAGGAAAUAUUGCCAGCUGCUUAAGUUGAAGGGUACCUAUGGAGAACUCAACAGAAUCCUUAGGGCUCACACAGAAGCAGUGCUUCUCAUGGAUGAAAGAGACCUUAACAAAACCCAAUGUAACUCUUGAAGAAAUAAACCAGCAACAUAUUCGUCGUUUCCAUGGAGGCCUCGCUUUACUAGGCUUCGUAAUAAUGGCCGGGAUGAUCGGAAAUAUGCAUGUGCUAGUGCUAUAUUACAAAAAAUUCAAAGUGUCCAAUUAUCGGCUUUUUAUCAUUUGGUUAACAUGCCUAGACAUGAUAAAUUGUUGUGUCAGUGCGCCACUUAUAAUAUUUUACCUGCUCCACCCAAUCACCUACCCGUAUGAGGGAUUUUGUAAAAUGACCCGGUUCAUUUUGUACUUCUGUGCGAUUGCCUCCACUUCCGCUAUGGUUGUCAUAGCAAUAGAAAGGUACAGGAAGGUCAUGACGCCCCAUUCAACGCAGAUAUCUCUGAAAAUGGCUAAACUUAUGUGUUUGGUGAGUUUAGUGGUUGCUGCAGGUCUCUCUUGGCCAGCUCCAAUAUUGUUCGGACUUACACACGUUCCAACUGGUGUGGACGGUUUGGAGGGAAUUCGAUGCCUAACAGAUGACACAUACAAACAUACAAACUAUAUGUCUUUAUAUCAUUUCACUACGCUUGUGUAUUUUGUGAUUGUGUCGAUUUGCCUUAUCGUUGUCUAUGUAUGCAUUGCCAAAAGAGUCCUUAAAUCUGGAAAAUUUAAAGAUCGCGUCAGUGGUGUUCCUUUAACUUCAGACACUCGAGCAUCAACCAGUAGUUGCGUCUCUAAGACCGUCACCAAGACUGUCACUUUUUUGACAGUGACGUUGGCUUAUAUCGCAUGCGCAACGCCCCAUCAUGCUUUGGCUUUACUCUUCUUUCUAUCGCGUAAUCUUGACUGCAGAUUGUCGCUUGUUGAGGCCCAGCUCUAUUAUGCCUUUGUAUGGUCGUAUUUUCUGAAUAGCAUGAUCAACCCAUGUAUAUACGCAUACCGUGACAAAAAGUUUAGAGAAGAGCUGGAGUCUUUCUAUAGACGUUGUCGACCUAAGACACUUUACAGUUCUUCUAAAUGAGAAACAAUCUUCUAAAUAUAAAAAAACAGCCAAAAUUGUAUUGAUAAUUUUUUUUUUUUUUGGUUAUGCUUCAACAUUGUAUAUGUUUGUUUGUUUUGCCAGGUCUUUCAUUCCAAACUGAUUGUUGAAAUAA